AUGUGUUUCGAGGCAGAGGGUAUGUUUUCAUGUGCCAGGCUGCAGAGGCAGCAGUAUUACCAGGAGUGUGUGUGUGUGUGUGUGUGCAGCUGGUCAACAAAAUGUCUCUGAAGACAGUGGGGACAGCUCUGAGUCGCACGCUGUGGACGAGAGGAAGCAGCACUCCUCCUCCUCAUGCUCCUCCUGCUGUGCUGCGAGCAAACACGGUGAACAGACUUUCCAGCACAUGCAGGGAGUCAGCAGGAGGAGGAAACACAACAGAGCAAAGUUGCGGCUCAUGCUCGGACAGGCCCGGCGACGACGUGCAGUCGUCCGGCGAGCCUCCUCACAGAAGUCAGCCUGGGGAGAAGAAGCGAGCCAAGGAGCCGGCGGGAGCUCCCGGUGUUACCGGUGCGAGGAGACGGUUGUUCACCUCCACCAAAGCGCCAGUGGACCAGAGGUCCUAUCUGUGGUCCCGUUACAAUGACACGAAACGGCUGGUUCACGACCUGAUUCCACCCGGUGCCUGUAACUCCCUCAACUCCAACACCAUCUACGCUAACAAUGAGGUCAACUUGGCCGAAGUGGACAUCUACGGCUUUGACUACGACUACACGCUGGCUCUGUACUCGGAUGCGCUCAACACGAUGAUCUACAACACAGCGAGGACCUUCCUGAUCGAACACUUUAAGUACCCUGAAGGCAUCAGCAAAUAUGAUUAUAUUCCCAACUUUACUGCCCGGGGUCUUCACUAUGACAUCCAAAAGGGCCUUCUGAUGAAGAUAGAUGCAUUUCAUUACAUUGAACCUGGAACAGUGUAUCGGGGACUGAGCCCAGUGCCAGACGAGGAGGUCAUUGAGCUCUACGGGGGGACUUUUCAUGUCCCCCUGCAGCAGGAUAGUGGCUUCUAUGGAAAGGGACCGAAAGUGAAGCAGUUCAUGGACAUCUUCUCCAUCCCGGAGAUGACUCUCUUGGCAGCUGCAAAUGAUUUUUUCAUUACCAACGACAUUGAAUAUGAUCCAGUUCACCUGUUCAAGGACGUCUCGGAAGCAAUUGGCAUGGUUCACCUCAAAGGCUACAUGUACAAAUGGGUCAUGGAAGAUCUCGAUAAGUUCAUUCUCAGAGGAGAAGAGACGGAUGCCGUUUUGCAUCGGUUGGUCAGCCAAGGAAAGAAACUCUUCCUCAUCACCAACAGCCCCUUCAGCUUUGUGGAUAAAGGAAUGACGCACAUGGUUGGAAAAAACUGGAGAGACUUCUUCGAUGUUGUCAUCGUGCAAGCAGACAAACCACACUUCUUCACCGAUUGUAUCAAGCCUUUCAGACGGUUGGAUGGUAAUGGAGAUCUUCGAUGGGAAAAGAUAAAUAGUUUGGACAAAGGGCAGAUCUACAAACAGGGGAAUUUGUUCGACUUCCUCAGACUGACAGGCUGGCGAGGUUCGAAGGUGCUUUACUUUGGAGAUCAUCUUUACAGUGACUUGGCUGACCUGAUGUUGAGACACGGAUGGCGUACAGCAGCCAUAGUACCUGAGCUGGAGCAGGAAACCAAAGUGGCAUGCACGAACCGGUAUGCUCUGAACCUCACCUGGCUACAAGCUUUGACCGGCCUGAUGGAGCGACUGCAGACACACCGGGAUUCAGAGUCCAAACUGGUUUUUCAGGAAUGGCAGAACGAGAGAGAAGAACUCAGGGUGAUGACGAAGAACUUGUUCAACCCUCAGUUCGGCAGCAUCUUCCGAACCUGCCACAACCCGACCUACUUCUCCAGACGUCUGUGUCGUUUCUCAGACGUCUACAUGGCCUCCCUCAGCUGUCUUUUGAAUUAUGACCUCAACUACACGUUUUACCCACGCCGCACACCUCUGCAGCACGAGGCACCUCUGUGGAUGGACCAGCUUUGCACGGGCUGCAUGAAGACGCCCUACAUGGAGGAGAUGUCUCACAUAAGAUGAGCGCUGAGCUCUCUUCAGUGACUGUUAGGAUUUUAAAUUUCAGGUCUGGCAAACACUUGACGACGCCUGAGGAUUUCUGUCUUAUAGAAGGGUUUCAUUUUAGCUAAUAAGAUGCUGCACAACCCCCCCCACCCCCCUCCGUCACAGUGCAAAGCAUCCCUGCUCCACAUGGUGACCCACUUCCCCGAUGAAUUCACUAGAGGGUGCUAUAGAUUUAGCUGCUGCCCAGAGAGGUGCUUUUAAUUAAACAUGUGGUACAGGAUAGACAGAUAACUGCCUGAAGCAAAGUGUUAUGGAAAUGCUGAACAAUACUGAGCUAUCACCGCACAACUACAAUAAAUAAUGAACAAAUAAAACCUCGAUAAUUA